CUACUUAGACGUAUAAUCAAACUUCUCGAACGACCUCAAAAUUGUGGAGAGGGUGUUGUGAGUGUUGGAUCCAGAUAGUCUGAUGGCGAGCACGAGCAGAUGAGGUCUGGUGGACAAACAUACAACUCCACUCCACGCUGUUGACGAAAUUGCUGCAUGCACACCCGCAAUGGCCGACUUUCUCACUGCCGUCUCCACCAAGAAGAUUAAUUCUCAGCCGACUAUCCAAAAGAUCCAGGACUUGAGUAUUCAAGAUGCAGUGACAGUCGACUCAGCGCAAACUGCGCUCGAGGCAUUGAAGGGUCAACCAAGUCAUGAUACAUUCAUCGGUGUUUUGAAAUUUCUAAAUGGUCCGGAAAACAGCCUUGUCGUCUCAGAGCCAGUAUACACAAGUAUAGCGCACGAGCUCGUUAGCAACACUAUCCCAAACUUCUGGAGGGUACUCAAGCAUCGAUCCAAGGACUCUCGCGCUCUUUCCCUCGCACUUCGUAAUCCUACCGGGGUCGGGCAUCUACUUACGAGAUUACGCUCGCUCAUUGCGGACAGUCGGCAGAAGAAAGUUACGGUAACUACGCAGAACGUAUCCGAGUUCAUCGAAGACACAUUGGAUGUGCUCGAAAUAGUUCUGAGUGGAGAUGACGUGUCUUUCUGUGUGUGGAAAGAGAUUCAAAACUUCGGCAAAAAUGACAUACGCAAGAAGCUGAUGUGGAAGGAAUACCUCGCCCAAGUAGCAUCAGGCCGCGUGUUGUCAAUUAGGGCCGAGGCCGAAGACAUAUUGAAGGAGAAGGGAGUCGAACGCUCGCCGUCGAGUGGUAGUGACUACGCAGGAUGGCUUGGCCGCAACAUUGUUCACAUGUUGGCCAACGGCGACAAAAGCGAGACAUUGGCCGCAGCAUUAACUGAGCUAAGCUCAAAGAUAUUGAGUUUGGGAUACACUGACCGGCUCAUUGCCACUGUACUCGACGCUGCUAUCGAGCAAAGCCAAGUGGAUCAGUUUGUGGACCUCAUAAGCAGAAUGAAGUCGUUCGAACAACGAAAGUAUUUGAAUGCUAUCAUUGUCUAUAUCACAAAGCAAUUCUUCCAAUCGGAGAUGGUUGCCAAGGAGGACAUCCCUAUCAGCCAGUCACCCACGAUAUCAGGUGCAGCGUGUCUGCUCAACAAAGUCAUCCAGGAUAACGAAAUACUCAAGGAUCACAUUAUAUCAUCGCUUACACGUUCUACCAUACCAUCUCUGGAUGAGUCCUUGGCGACGCGUCGUACUGUGGUUGCCGCCUUGGCCCAAGACGAAGAUAAGUUACAGACGAUGUUCGAGAACUGCAUCAAGACCUUUGGAGACUCUGUCUAUAUCAAACACACGCCCAUCUUACAGCAAGAAGCUCUUGCGCAAACGUUAGCUCUAUGCUGCGGCUACGUACAGCGUACCCAGCCCAUGUUUGUAAUGAUGAUGGCCAAGUCGACAUAUCACGUCAACGGCAUGUCGAGUCGUAUCGGCGCAGCCUCCCCUCGAGCACGCUUCUUUGGGAUCGCGGUCGGAUCAGCAAUGUCAAGAAUGGUUGACAAGCCUGAGCUGCAACUGAAGAUCGAGCUGGAGGGAAGCGAGGCAGAUGAAGCGAAGUGGUACGAACGUCUCACCAAGGUCGACGAUAAGAUCGGGACAAUGGCGGACCUCCAAAAGAAGCAGGUUACCACAGUGCCUCUGGUUCAAUCGACUGCGAAGCCGAAGCCAGUUAAAAAGGCCUUGAAGAACCCAGCAAUUACGGAGGUCCAAGGUCCCCGUAUCGUUGAGGUGCUUUCUGAUUCCGAGGACGAAGAUGCAGACCUGAUUGCUUAUAGCAAGCCAGACUCAGAUCCAGAGGAUGAAGACGAGGACCCCACUGCCCUCAACCGCAAUAAGCCUACAACGCCUGUAUACAUCAGGGAUCUCGUUGCCGGUCUUCGAGACCAGGAGAACUAUGAUCGUCACGAGCUCGCUCUGGCUACUGCCGCGUCCUUGAUACGACGCAAAGCCAACUUCGGCACAGAAGUCGCAGAUCACAUUGAAGACCUUGCCGCCAUUCUGACCGGCCUACAAAACGGCUUAGAACUUGAGUCGUUCGCACAGCAAAGACAGCAGGCAUUGAUCGCCGUCCUUCUUGCGCGACCCGCACCAAUGGCACAGUGGUUUGCACGGUCGUUCUUCUCCGGUGACUACAGUUUCGCACAGCGCAUCGCUAUGCUCACUACGCUCGGUCUUGGAGCGCGCGAGCUCGCAGGCAUGAAGGACGCGGCCACAGAGGAUCUUGUCCCAGUAGCACCAUCGUUCCCGAGCAAACAACUACCACCUCAGCUCCACAAGUUGUAUACCGAGGACAAAACCGCGAAUCCAGUUGCCAAACUCACGAGCAGUAUGGCACGCGCCAUGCUUUCCCCGCUCGCCUCGCAAGCAGCAGAGGAACUCAGCGGCCCCAACGUGCUCAAAGUGCGCACCUUCAGCACGCGCAUGGAGGUCGAAGCCGCGCGCAAGAAGCCCAUACCCAACGCGCUCGCCCAGAUUGUCGCCGACAACUUCUUCUUCCCUCUGACCGGCCGCUGGUGGCUGCAGAUCCGCUCGAGCAGCGACUCUAUCUACGCUUCCACGCAUCUCCUCCCGCCGUUCCUGCAGACCUUGUCGCUGCUGCUGAACGCGUCGGGGCCGAACACGCUCUCGCUGCCGCAGAUGACGCGCGAGUAUUGGGAUUUGCUGCUGUCCGUGCGCGGGCUUGCAAGCAACGAUAAGGCGAUUCUGAGCGCGCUGUUGUUUGGCUUCUUGAUGCUGCUGGAGACGAACGAGAAUAAGGAGCGGCUCGCGACAGAGCAGGGCAAGGAGCUGAUGGAGACUCAGGCGUGGGUCAAGAUGGUGUUUGAGGGCCUCGGCGCGGGCAGCGAGGAAGAUGAGCGGAUCAGGGUGCUGGCGGCUGGCGUCGUGAUACGGUGCCAGGAAGUCGUGGACAAGUACCAGCGGAGGAUGGCAGGCGCGUUGAUGGACUACUGAUGCGUUCGCUGAGUAUGGAGACCGAGUACAUAGAGACCUGCAAAGAAUCAAUGUCUGUCGCGCCUGCGAGCGCGCCUCGAUUGCACGACAACUGAGCAU